CUCUUUUGGGACACUAUAAAACUAAUGAUUCAAUCAUUUCCCCUUUAAAUUGCGAAUUCGGAGAACGAUUCGGUCGGUUGCAUUGAAUGGUAGUUUGUCUUCUUUUUUGUUGAAAUUGCGAUGAAGGCGUUGAUGGAUGUUACUUUUAGGGUUUAAGCUCCGUUCACCAUUCUUACUACUCUGCAGCUUCCUUCCAUCAAACCCCUUCUUGCCGCCGCCAUGAAUCGUUUCUUUUCAAGGUCCUCCAUACCACGCCUUCUCUCCUCUGCCUCCUCUCUUUCUCAGCCUUCCCUCUCCACCUCCGUCACUUCUCCAACAAUUCAGUGGAGCAUCUGCGCAACGUCUGUCUUUCUAGAUACGGUGACCCUGACCUUACGAUGUGGGCGGACUGGGAAAUACUACGAUCCAAACAAAGUCGAGGCCAACUGCGCUACGUCGACCCACGUGUUGUAUGCGAAAUAGACAAUAAAAACAUAACCCUAAUCGAAGUUGAUUCCAUUGUUGAUGCUGAAAUAGCUUCACAUAUUUUCGACAGUUCAAUUCUUGUUCUUUCUCUUUUUUGAUGGUGUUGAAAAUGAUCAACAAAUGACAAGAUUUCAAUUUCCAAGGCUUAUAUUUAUCGAAGACAUUAAUUGGGAACGGGAAAUAGUAGAUCAAGUAAAAUCUAAUCUUGAUCAAGUAAUAUCUAAGCUUAAUCAUCGUUGUGCUGCAAUUCAAGUUCCAAUAUACUUUGACAAUUGGUGUUUUGGAUUUGUUGUUCUUGUCAAGAUGAAGGCCUACUAUUUUCGCCUUAAAAUGUUUGUUAGACUUUUUGAUCUUGUCAACAAGUUAAAGGCCUACUUUUUUCGCUCUGAAACACCUUAUUAUAAGCAUGUAGAAGUAAGUGAAGUACCUGAAGAUAUGCAAGCCUUUGUGUUGAAGAAAAGAAGCGAACUCAUUGAAAUCGUCUCAGAGGUUGAUGAUAAACUUUCUGAAGCUUUUCACGGUGGCAGCCAAAUUUCAGAAUCUGUUCUCGAUGAUGCAAUUCGUAGGGCAACUAUAUCAAUGAAAUUUGUACCAAUUUUCAUGGGUGUUAUCUGUGAUGAGAGACAUGAUGGGUUAGAACUACUUAUGGAGGGUGUAAUUAGGUAUUUGCCGGGUCCAAUCGAUGUUAGUAAUUAUGCUCUUGAUCAAAAUAGGAAUGGUGAGAAAGUUGAAUUGUCUGGAAGCAUUGAUGCGCCAUUUGUUGCAAAGGUUUUCACAAAUGUGAUUAGGAAUGAUGGAUUAGUAACUUAUCUAAGAAUCUAUCAGGGUGUUAUUAAGAAGGGUGAUUUUAUUACAAAUGUUAACACUGGUAAGAAGAUUCAGAUUCCUCGUUUGUUUAAGAGACAUGAUGAUAAGAUUGAGGAAGUUGAUGAAGCUCAUGCUGGAGAGAUUAUUAUUGUGUUAGAUGCUAUUCUUAAAUCUGGAGAUACUUUCACUGAUGGGUCUGUUAGAUAUACAAUGACUUCUGCCGAUGUUCCUGAUUAUUCUAUCUCAUAAGAUUCUGGAGAGAAAUUUUCAAAUGGUGUGGAUGGAUUCAUUCUAGGGAAGUGAUCCUACUUACCCAGUUGCUUUGGCUUGUUAGCUUUGCUAUGGUUUGUUGCUUAUUUAUAUAUUAAUAUUAAUAUUAUGCAUAACCAUUGGAUUGGAUAUAUAAUUUACUUUUUCUGGGGAAUUUGUUGCUUAAUUAUUGAUCUCUGAUUAUUUAGUAGUUACUAAAUUUUUUAUUGUGUUCUGCAUUUAACACCUGAUCCUAUCUCUGCCGUCAAGAUUGUCUAUGUGAUUCAUAAGUUUAACAUUUAGUGCAAAUGUCAUGUUAAGACUUGAUCCCCACACUAAUAAAAAAACGGAAAACAACUUACAGAGGCAAAAUAACAUAUUUAUCUUUUCUUAUUUGUUUGUUGUUAAUAACUCUGGACAAAUUGUUGCUGUGUUUGGUGCUGAGUGUGAAUCUGGAGAUACUUUUGCUGAUGGGUCUGUUAGAUAUUCAAUGACCUCUGUCAAUAUUCUUACUUGUUCGGUCUCAAAAGAUUCUGGAGGGCAAUUUUCAACUGCUUUGAAUGGUUUUCAAAGAAAGGAUCCUACUUUCCCAGUUGGUUUGGCUUAUUAGCUUUCUUUGGAUUGUUACUUUUGUUUUCCUUUUCUGAUAAGCCUUUGGUUUGUUACUUGUAUUAUUUUGGAUUUGGUUCAUAACUUAUUUUUUUCUUAAUUAUUUGAUCACGGAUGAUUAGUUACUAGUACUUUUUAUCAUGUUCUGUCUGCAUUUAACAAUUGAUACUAUCUCUGCUGUCAAGAAUAUCUAUGCGAUUCAAAGUUUGACGGUCAGUGUAAAUGCCAGGUUAUUAUGUCCCCAUACUAAAGCAAAAUGGGAUUAAGAUAAUUUAGAGGCAAAUGAAGAUUUGUUCUUUUUAUUUUUGUUAUUUGUUGUUAAUACUAAUUCUGAUGAUUGCUUUUAUCUGUCUCAGCUUGCUUGCAAUGUUUUUAAAUAGCAGCGCUAUAGCUCCAUUUUAGAACGGAAUUUGAAAAAAAUUGUUAUUUUCCCAAGAUACGCUGUUAGUACAAAAUAUUGUGAAAUAGCGUCGCUAUAGGCUAUAGCACUGUUGCUUAACGGAAUUCAAACAAACCGUUAUUUUCAGUGAUCUGCAAUUGACAAAACUACUUGCUUGGUAACCACUCAUUGUUUUCAAUAUCGGAUAGUUUUUGUUUUAAUCUGAAAAUAUAUGCAUGAUCUGGGCUUUUAUCAUUAUUUGGUGAAUGAAGGUAAUCUUAGAGGGAAAUAUCAAAUAUUUGUGAUUUUGCAACUGUUUAGGGAGUUGAUACUGGUGCACCUAAAUAGAACACGGGCAAUGUUGCAGCGAAUUUUAAAUUUUAGUAUUUUUUUUUUAAUUUAAAACACGAAUAAUUCUCAUUAAAACACAUAAUUUUUGCUACUUAUUAUGCAGUCUAUAUUUUAAUUUUUUUCCUUCCAUUUUAUAGUUUUUGCGUUCUUAAGAUUUUGCAAACUAAAUAUCAUUGAAAGGAAGUUGGCGAAGUGCACCACCAUGUGGACCUUGAAAUUUUCAUGGAUUUGCCGCUUUUAUUGAUCACAUACUCUUUGUUCAAAUUAGAUGACUCACAUUCGAACAUUGUAUUUUAACAUAUAAUACACGCGGUUAAAUGCGAGUCAUUUGAUUUUGAUUAGAGGAUCUGCCUUUGAUAAUUGAGACCAAUGUUUGAAAAUCCAAUUGUGUGAAAUCUAAAUACACCUUUUUAUAUGAAAUUGUUAAAUCAAACUCUAAUAAAAUAUUUCACCUCUCAUUCAAUAACGAUUUCAAUGCAUUAUAUUUUGUUUCCUAUUUUGUGAUUGUGCUGCAAUGGGUCAUUCCUCGGUGUUUGAUGAAAUUAUGGGAGUGGAGGUUCAGGUGUAUCUAAGUAUUUGGUCUUGAAUUAAUAUGAUUCUGUGUUAAUAUUCUGCAGGUAGAUUAGCAUCUGGUGGUGUAUGAAAUUGAUUAUGCUUAAGUUUAUUUAGCAUUGAUUUUUUUAGCUUCUAAUCUAUUAUUUACCAUGCUCUAGUGUUGUUAAUUUGCUCCAAAUUAGACUGCAUAGAUGCUUCAAUAGUGUUGCUUUCAUUAUAAGGUGUUGGUGUGUGAUUGACACAAGCUUUAUGGCCUUAGUUUAUGCAGCUAUGUGCUGGUAAUGCCUUCGUGAUGCUGCUCCCUCUGUUGUUUAGGUGUUAAUAUAGUGAAGAAUGAAAAAUCAGGAUGAUGAACUAUUUGUAUUGGAAAUGGCAGAUGGACAGAUGGUGUUAGUUGCAACACAUUGUGCACUAGCCUGAAGAAUCUCAAGUAGUAUGCUCACUGAUAUUGUGUUGUUGUGGAUGUGGCCUCGGUCUCAAGUGGUUCUGCAUGAUGAGCUAUUUUGGUGUUUUGGUACUAAUGGGUUGGAACUUUUUAAUUGCUUAUUCUCCUACCUUUGAAAAAGUGCAAUAAGGAUCAAAAGAAGGACCUAAGGAACACAUAUCCUAAUUAGUGGCUACUGGUUUGUUGCAGAUGUAUCUCUUCUAGUUACUUAUUAUAUGGUGGUGGUGUUGUGCUCUUGUGUGUGUCUAGUGUAGGUGUGUAUUUUUGGUAAAAGGUGUGGAUUAUUUAGAGGUAGGGUGAUGGCAGGAUGGUAGAUAGGAUAACCUACUCCACCAUUUUGUGGUGUUCAUGUGUGCUUUUAGGGUGUUUUAGUAGUAGUCUUUUGGCUCAGUUUAUUUUGUAGAGAGCCUCUUCUAGUAUAGGGUCUUGAGAACUUGUGUCCUUGUAAUUGUUUCGGUUGUCUAAACACAUUAAUCCAUGUUUUUUGUGAUUGGCAAAAAAUUCGAACGGAGAACCUCAAGGUUGAAGCAUCAACUUUUAACCAAGAAAA